AUAUUAAUACAUACAUCAACCAAUACUGUCUGUCUCUCUCCGUGUGUGUAGGUCAUGGCCAUGGCUUGUUGCUCCACCAAGUCGCUGUUCCUCCUCUUCCUCCUCUCAGCCAUACCCAUCGCCUACCUCAUCUCUCUCGAGCUCGCCAAGCCCUCCACCCAUGUCUACCACUACCACAGCUCCGGCUGGUUCCGCGAGUGCUCCAAGUGGGACGAUCGUAAUCGUCGGUUCCUCGUCUCUUUCCUCGAGGGUGGUGUGGGCCAAAUUUCAAUUCCCGAGAAAAAGGAUGGAGACCGGUAUCCGCCUGAGGCCGUCUUGGAGGAGGUCACGGUGGUGAAGGACUUUGACUUGGCCGGAAAUGCUACCCUCGGUCUCGUCGUCGACCGACCGAGGAAUCGGCUCCUAGUGGCGAUCGCCGAUGUCAUAGGGAACCGUUACAGUGCGGUCGCGGCCUAUGAUUUAUCCACCUGGAAGCGGUUGUUUCUCACCCCCCUGAGUGGCCCAAGUGAUGAGAAAUCUUUCGCGGAUGAUGUAGCAGUUGAUGCAGAAGGCAAUGCAUAUGUUACUGAUGCAAAAGCUAGUAAAAUCUGGAAAGUUGGUGUUGAUGGCAAGUUCCUAUCGAUCAUUAGAAGUCCACUCUUCACUCCAAAAGAGUGGUACAAAACCUUGGUUGGACUUAAUGGAAUUGUCUACCAUCCAGAUGGUUUUCUGAUUGUAAUUCAUACAUUCAGUGGCAAUUUGUUUAAGAUCGAUUUAGCAAAUGGAGAGGAGGUUAAGUUAAUAGACAUAGUAGGAGGGCCUCUGACAUUUGGAGAUGGUUUGGAAUUAAUCUCGCCAACUAAGCUUGUAGUUGUAGGGAAUCCUUCUGGGAGAUUAGUGGAGAGUCAUGAUGGGUGGGAGACUGCUUCUGUUGUGGCAACAUUCUCCGGGCCUAGGCAUCGUUUGGCCACGGCAGCAACCGUGAAGGAUGGGAAGGUGUAUCUCAAUCACAUGUUCGGCAUGGGAUACCCUAAGAAGAAACAUGCCAUUGUUGAGGCUGUUUUUUCUGCUUGAAAGAGGACGAUCGAAACAGUGUAUGCCAUAGAUAGAUGCAGCAGUGUGCUGGUUUGCCAUUUACAGUCUUCAGUGAAUUCCUUUUUCAGUCCUAAUAGAAGGCCUCUGUUCCGAUUUGUCCACGUGGAUGCGGCCGUUUCUCACCAACCUGGUGGCCCAAGUAAGUUGAAAACUCAAAGAAGAAUCUCUUCUAUUUGGUGCUUGGAGCUUUUCUUUUUCUCCAUUUCUUUAUGUUCAAUUAUAAACAAGUGAUUACAAAGUUGUAGUAAUAUUAUUACAUUGUAAAACACUGAUUGCGAAUGCAAGUUGAAGGUUUAACAUUUUCUUCGAGCUAUUCA